AUGAUUGACGAUGUGAAAAACAAGAACGGCCGGCCCAAGAUGCCGGACUGCUGCAACGACCGGCGGCAAGCGGACAACCCGCUCUGCUUCCCGAUCCAGAUCCCCGACAGUGACGAGUUCUACGCCCUGUACGGCCAAAAGUGCAUGAACGUCAUCCGCUCACUGCCAGGCGUGCACCACAUGUGCAAGCUCGGCCCACGUGACCCGAUCAACCAGGUGACGUCAUACCUGGACGCGUCGUUCGUGUACGGCUCGGACCUGGAGACGGAGCGGCGCAUGCGCUCGUACCAGGGCGGCCUGCUCAAGACGCUGCCGGUGUUCCGCGAGAUCGGCCUCAAGGACCUGCUGCCGCCCAACCUGCACGCGCCCGACGAAGGCUGCAUCCGGCCGUCGCGCGACAUCUUCUGCUUCGACGCCGGCGACAACCGGGUCAACGAACAGCUGGUGCUGGCCACCCUGCAGACGUACCUGAUGCGCGAGCACAACCGGAUUGCCGUCGAGCUCAGCCACCUGAACCCACACUGGGACGACGAGACCAUCUACCAGGAAACGCGCCUGAUCAUCGGCGCCGUGGUGCAGCAGAUCACCUACAACGAGUUCCUGCCCAUGGUGCUGGGAAAGGACGUCAUGACCAAGGAGAACUUGGUCGUUGGCAGGGGCUCAAAGGGUCACAAGUACAGCCCCACUCUGGACGCCAGCACGUCCAACUCCUUCUCGACGGCGGCCUUCCGGUUCGGCCACUCCCUCCUGCCGUCCACCAUCGAGAGGUGGUCUACUUCCGGCAAAUAUAUCGACGCCCGCCGGUUGAGCGAGCUGCUCCGUCAACCGUACGACAUGUACAAGGGCGGCUUCGUGGACCAGUACACCAUGGGCCUCAUCAACCAGCUCGCGCAGGCCAUGGACGACGCCGUCACGCAGGAGGUCACGAACCACCUGUUCCAAAUGCCCGAGCACCGGUUCGGAAUGGAUCUAGCGGCGAUCAACAUGCAGCGAGGCCGCGAGCACGGCCUGCCCAGCUACAACGGCUUCCGCGAGUUCUGCGGCCUGCCGCGCGUCACCGACUUCUUCGAGCUGAAUACCGUCAUGAGCAACAACACGGCCUCCGCCUACAGCGACGUUUACGGGCACCCGGACGACAUGGACCUCUGGUCUGGCGUCGUCUCCGAGAAGCCGCUGGAUGGCUCCAUGGUCGGCCCCACGCUGGCCUGCCUCAUCGCCGAGCAGUUCCGCGUGCUGAAGGAGGGCGACCGCUUCUGGUUUGAGAACCAGGGCUUGCCCAGCUCCUUCACGCCGGAACAAAUUGACGCAAUUCAUCAGGUGAAGCUGAGUAACAUCAUCUGCGACAACUCGGACGGCAUCGAGAAGCUGCAGGUGUACCUGAUGGUGCUCCCCGACCCCAAGAUUAACCCGGUGGUCUCGUGCGCCACCCUGCCGCGGCUGGACCUCUCGCUCUGGAGGGACGUAGCCGGCGCCGGCGUGCACCAGCGGAAGUAG